GUUAAAUUAAGAAAAAAUAAGCCCAACUUUAUCUCACAAUGAACUUUAACAAGAUCUUCUUCUUUGUCGCCCUCAUCUUGGCCAUCAGCUUGGGACAGUCGGAAGCUGGAUGGUUGAAGAAGCUGGGCAAGAGACUCGAACGCAUUGGCCAACACACUCGGGAUGCCUCUAUCCAGGUCAUUGGAAUUGCCCAGCAAGCAGCCAAUGUGGCAGCCACAGCACGCGGUUGAAGUCGAAUCUUAUAGUGCUUUAGCACUGAAUCAGACUGCCCUAUUUAU